AUGUCGAUUCAAGUGGACAAUAAUUUAAAAGAUACAGACAAUAAAGAAGUGUUUGAACAAAGAGUACACUAUAUACCAUGUAAAAUUGAGGAAGACGCGUCUGCUAAUGUGGAGAAAUAUUUUGAAACUUAUGUUACUCAAAACGGCGACAAGGAUCUUACUGCAACUUUCCGCGGUCACCCUUUAGAUGGAAUCAAGUUGCCAUUACCAGAAGGUUAUAGAGGUGUUCUUUUGACUGAAGCCAAGAGACCAUUAAAUGAAGAUAUGGAGAGAAAAUUUCAGGUAGCAGGUGGAUUUAAAGAAAUAAUUUAUUGGAAUUGGGAUAAGAAACCGUCCAAGAAUGACAAUGUAGUUAGAGCUAUGGAUUGGGUGGAUAUCGCUGAGGCUAUACAUGGAGACUGA